AUGUUAAUGCACAGCUUAUUUUUGUUCACUUUUGGACUCAUUUCUACUGGAAACCCUUUUUGGAUAAAAGGUGUAUCCUCUGAACACACAUCCAGACUUUCUACAUCAGAAAUAAUAAUUCCUCGAAGUCUGACAGGCAGAGAGAAACAUCCCCCAUUUUCUCAUGAGGAACAUUCAGAUGACAAUCUUUCUUACUCAGUUAAAACCAAAAAUGGAACAUACCUCCUGAAACUGAAGAAAAAUAAAAAACUUCUUAGUGAUGACUUUAAGCUGUACACAUAUGGGGAAAAUGGGAAACUCCAGGCAACACCAUCCAAAAAUGAGACACACUGUUAUUAUCAUGGCACUGUUGAAGGAAUUGCUGACUCCACACUUGCUCUUAGCACAUGUGAUGGCCUUAGGGGAAUUCUCUACAUUGGAGGCAAGUGGUAUGGAAUGGAGCCCCUCAACACAUCCAGCACAUUUGAACAUGUGCUUUAUGAACUGGAAGAUGUUCAGGGUAUCCCCUUCCACUGUGGGGUGCUGAAUGGCAGCCUGGAGCACGAGAUGUUUGUGAAGCAGUCUGUGACACACACAUUUUCAUCAAACAGUACCUCCAGCAGGGACAGGCUCCUCAGGGAGAAGCGAGCUGUCCUGCCCCAGAAGAGCUAUGUAGAAUUAUUUGUGGUUGUGGAUCACAACAGGUUUUUGCUGAAGAAUUCUGAUCCUGUUGCAGUGCAAAAGGAAACAGUGGAGCUGAUUAAUUAUGUUGAUGGGAUGUAUACAGCAUUAAACAUUCAGAUUGUUUUGGUUGGAUUAGAGGUUUGGACAGAUGCCAACCACAUAUCUGUAAUGGAUGGCUCAGCUGGAGAUGUGCUGAGCAGAUUUGUUUCUUGGAGACAGAAAGAUCUUCUGAAGCGCUCAAGAAAUGAUGUUGGUCACCUCAUAAUAGGCAGAAGCUCUUUCAGUGGAUCCAUUGGAAUGGCUUUUGUGGGUACUGUGUGCUCACAUGUCCAGGGAGGGUCAAUCAGCACUCUGAAUCACAACAAAAUGUUACGUCACGCCACAGUAGUUGCACAUGAACUGGGGCACAAUCUGGGAAUGAAACACGAUGAUAAGAGGUGUCCUGCAUCCUAUAUCAUGCACAGCACAGAUAAUGGAUCCAGGAAUUUCAGCACCUGUAGUGCUGAUGAUUUUGAGGCCUUUAUUCUAAAUGGAGGAGGAAUCUGCCUCAGAAAUCCUCCCAAAACAAGUAAUGUGUACAAAGAACCUGUCUGUGGUAAUAAUGUGGUGGAUAACAAUGAAGAAUGUGACUGUGGCAAACCACAGGAAUGCUCCAACCCCUGCUGUGAUGCUGCCACCUGCAAACUCACACCUGGCUCACAAUGUGCUCAAGGACUGUGCUGCAAAAACUGCAAGUUUAAAGUGGCAGGAGCAGAGUGCAGAGCAAAACAAGAUGCCUGUGAUCUCCCUGAGUACUGCAAUGGAAGCACUGCCUACUGCCCAGAUGAUGUUUACAUCAUGAAUGGUCACCCAUGCAGCAACAGCAAGGCUUAUUGCUACUAUGGAGUGUGCCAGAGCUUUGAUUCACAGUGUGAAUCUAUCUAUGGCAAAGGGGCACGAAAAGCACCUGAUAUAUGUUUUGAAAAAGCAAAUAUUAAAGGAGAUAGGUUUGGAAACUGUGGAAUGAAAGGUGGAGUGUACAAGAAAUGCCCUGUCCAGCACAGUCUGUGUGGGAAGCUCCAGUGCACAUCUGUCAGUCUCCACAACCUUCCAGCCUGGAGUGUUGUCAAUAAUGCAUCUGGGAUUUUGUGCUGGUCCUCUGACUUUGACUUAGGGUCAGAUAUCCCUGAUCCUGCUCAAGUUCAUGAUGGGACAGCCUGUGGAGAGAACAAGGCCUGUUUAGGUUUUGAAUGUCUUGAUGCAAGAUAUCUGGGCUACAGCUGUGAUGUAAAGCAGAAGUGUAAUAAUAAUGGGGUGUGUAACAACAAUGGGAAUUGCCACUGCAAUCCAGGAUGGGCCCCCCCAUUCUGUAACCAGUCUGGCUAUGGUGGCAGUGUUGACAGUGGGCCAGCUCACACAGAUACUUCACUUCGAGAUGGGCUGCUGAUUUUCUUCCUCCUUGUGCUGCCUGUAGCCAUCCUCACUGCAGUAGCAGUAUUUAAACAUGAUGCAAUCAGGAGGAAACUCUGCAGGAAAAGCAGAGGACAGCACAGGGAUAACAAUGGGCAGGAACCAAAGCAAGGCAACAGAGCAAGUCAUGAAACAGGAAAUAAUCAGCCUGCUGCACCAAGUCACAAUAUUUUUACCAUACUGCAUUUUCCUGGUACAAGGCAGCCAGUCCAAACCCAGCAUCCUGCAGCUUCCUCAGGACCUCAGCGGCCCCCAGUCCCACCUAGACCAAUUGUCUGA